UUCCUCCUUCUCUCCCCGCCCCUUCUCCUCCCACCUGGGCCUCUGCGUGGAGACGCGCACCUGGCAACCAGCGGCCGCGCUCCGCCGCGUCUCCGCCUUCUCCGCUCCGGCGGGUUGCCCCGAGCUUGCCCCGCACCCCGAGCCAAACCCUGCGCUCGCCCUUCGGCCCUCCGCUGGCGCUGCGCUCGCUGGCGGCAGCCUCGAGCGCUCGCUCGUUGAUGCCGUUUUGGGGGUGAUUCGGCGCGACGGCGGCGCCUCCAUGGUGGGGGCGUGUUAGUGACCGUGGUUCGAGCGGACACAGAGUGCACGGCUGCGGGGUGGCUGGGAGGCCAGCCAGCGAGACCCCGCGCGCAGCUCGGAUUUCGGGGCGCUGCAGGAGGCCGUCAGGGCCGCGGGAGAGCCGGAGAUGUUGGAGCUGAGGCACCGGGGAGGCUGCCCCAGCCCCGGGGGAGCGGUGGCUCCGCCGCCACCCCGCGAGGGAGAAGCGGCUGGCGGCGACCACGAAACCGAGAGCACCAGCGACAAAGAAACAGAUAUUGAUGACAGAUAUGGAGAUUUGGAUUCCAGAACAGAUUCUGAUAUUCCAGAAAUUCCACCAUCCUCAGACAGAACCCCUGAGAUCCUCAAGAAAGCUUUAUCUGGUUUAUCUUCAAGGUGGAAAAACUGGUGGAUUCGUGGAAUUCUUACUUUAACUAUGAUUUCCUUGUUUUUCCUGAUCAUCUAUAUGGGAUCAUUUAUGCUGAUGCUUCUUGUUCUAGGCAUCCAAGUGAAAUGCUUCCAUGAAAUUAUCACUAUUGGUUAUAGAGUAUAUCGUUCUUAUGACCUACCCUGGUUUAGAACACUGAGCUGGUACUUUCUACUGUGUGUUAAUUACUUUUUUUAUGGAGAGACUGUGGCUGAUUAUUUUGCUACAUUUGUUCAAAGAGAAGAGCAACUUCAGUUCCUCAUUCGCUACCAUAGAUUUAUAUCAUUUGCCCUCUAUCUGGCAGGUUUCUGCAUGUUUGUGCUGAGCUUGGUGAAGAAACAUUAUCGUCUGCAGUUUUAUAUGUUCGCAUGGACCCAUGUCACUUUACUGAUAACAGUUACUCAGUCACAUCUUGUCAUCCAAAAUCUGUUUGAAGGCAUGAUAUGGUUCCUUGUCCCAAUAUCAAGUGUUAUCUGCAAUGACAUUACCGCUUAUCUUUUUGGAUUUUUUUUUGGAAGAACUCCAUUAAUUAAGUUGUCUCCUAAAAAGACGUGGGAAGGAUUCAUCGGUGGUUUCUUUUCCACAGUCGUGUUUGGAUUCAUUGCUGCGUAUCUGCUCUCCAAAUACCAGUACUUUGUCUGCCCAGUGGAAUACCGAAGCGAUGUCAACUCCUUCGUUACAGAAUGUGAACCCUCAGAACUAUUCCAGCUUCAGAACUAUUCACUCCCUCCCUUUCUAAAGGCAGUGUUGAGAUGGGAAACAGUGAGUUUGUAUCCUUUCCAGAUACACAGCAUUGCUCUUUCAACUUUUGCAUCUUUGAUUGGCCCUUUCGGAGGUUUUUUUGCCAGUGGAUUCAAAAGAGCUUUCAAAAUCAAGGAUUUUGCAAACACUAUUCCUGGACAUGGUGGAAUAAUGGACAGAUUUGAUUGUCAAUAUUUGAUGGCAACAUUCGUUCAUGUGUACAUCACAAGUUUUAUAAGAGGUCCGAACCCCAGCAAAGUGCUACAGCAGUUGUUGGUGCUUCAGCCAGAACAGCAGCUAAAUAUCUACAAAACCCUGAAGACUCAUCUCAUUGAGAAAGGAAUCCUACAGCCCACCUUGAAGGUAUAACUGGACCAAGAGAUGGGAAGGACUGACAAUAAGGAAUUCUACAGAAAAGCACUGACAGAUGGAAAUUUGUAAUUGUACAGAAAAAAUGGUUGAAAAUGCAAUAGAUUGAAGUUUUACAGACAUGAAUGUUUCUUCUCUGAAAUUACUGUGAAUAUUUAACAAACACUUACUUGAUCUAAGUUAUGAAAUAAGUAGCAAAUUGUCAGCAAAAUCUCCAAUACUUUUUUCCACAGUGUAUUUUCUGUUGUUAACUUCCUUCCCUUUACUUGCUAGGUUUCAUAAUUUAAAAGACUUGUGUUUUACAAAGUUAAACACUAUAAAAUGAGUAAAUUGAGGAUGUCUUAAGGUUGCACCUGGCAGUGUGCCCUUCGCACAAAUAUUUACUUUUGCACAUGGAGCUGCUAUUGUAAUUUUAGCAAAAUGUUUUAUGUAAGGCACAAUAGGAAGUUAGUUCUUGUGCACUUCCUCCUCUUUUAGCCUGAAGUAUUUGCAGAAAGGCUGAGUUGGAUCCAAAAACAAAAAGAACGUUCCACUUUUCAAAGAAGUAAAUCAUUUGUCAGGAGAAAAUAUUCCAUUUUUAGAUAGGUUCAAAAUUCAGGAGAGAGAGGCUGACAUUUCUACCACUAUUGGCUGGCUAGAGAAAGCAGAUACCAAACUCUCCUUCUGAUAAAACUGCUUGGAAAAACAUGACCUCGAAAAAAACCUUUCAAGAAAAACAAAGGAGAAUUCUGCCAUGGAGAACACAGUGCACGCCUGCCUCCCCCACCUCCCGCAGAUCGUCUCAGCAGGUGACCGUGGCUCAGGAGGCGGUGACGGGUGUGCACCGCGCCCUUGGUUGCAUUCCCUGGCCUCCCGUUUCCCUGUGGAGUGGUUCCGUGCAGACGCCGAGCAUGGUCCCUGUGAAUGUGCUCCGGGACCAGGGACAGUAAGAUAAACACAGACGGUAGUGAGAAGGGGUGGUGGCCGUAAGAGGGGUGUUUGGCCAAGAUGCUGAUGCCUGGCCCUGGGUGUCCCCUCCUGGAUCCCCCAACAGCCCACUGGGCACUUGCCUGAGGAGAAGGAAGAUCUGCCUGGAAGCGCAAUCCCUGGCUGACUCCAUGGUCACAGCUAACCUUUGUCCCAUGCCUUCUUCACAUCAUGUCAUAAAUGAGAGGAUAUCAGCUGAUGAUUUUUUUCUUCCAAGAAUGAAAAUCAAGCAGAAGUGAUUCUCACCAAGAACAAAAGCACACAAAUGCCAAACCUUUUCUUUGGUGGACUGGACACUGUAACCAGAUGAGAAAAUAAAUUUCUUAUCAAUGAAUGUAAAUAAGCUACUGUUGCUGUGUGCUUUGUAUAAUUAUAUUUACUGUAUUGAAAUUCGGCAUGAAACCUUUGAAAGUUACCCAGUGUUCUUGGCUAAAUGUUCAGAGAGGAGAAAUAGAUAUAUUUUAAAGAAUGUUUUGCUAAUGAAAAGAGUAAAUAUUUUUGUUUAAAUCAGAAACAAGUUUUAAUUAUUUUAUAUUUCUGUUGUUCUACUAUACCUAAAAUAAAAGAUUGUAGGUAUGCCCGGGUCCCAUGAAUGUAAUCUAGAACUAGAAGCCUCAAAACGUGCCACAUGGUCUGGGAGAUAGAGUUCAACAUAGCCAGCACCAAGAGGACUGGCAAACAUUCAGCCAAUUCAUUGCCACUCACUGUGUUAUUGUUAGCGUUAGUUCACAAUUCUCCAUAAAAGUCUAGAAAUAAUGUUGGAAAUAUCUUACAGGAGGGAAUGGUCACUUUUAAAAGCAGCCGACCUGUUAAUUUCAUUAUUAUUUGCCUCAGUUGGUCCAAAUGUUGGUCAGAAAAGGAUUAAGCUUCCCAAUGUUGAAAAUUAAAAUGAAAAAUUUGUUGUAGAAACUUACUGUUGAAAAUGUAGUGAUUUGGACCAGACCUCCUUGGAGUACUCCCCUUAUGGUAAUAGCUAAUUAUUCCAAAUCUCCUUGGAGAUACAGAGCUCCCUCUGCACUUUUUCUUUAAAGUAGUUGAUGAAGCAUUACACUACAGAAUUAUAAGAGAGCAUUACUAAGUACAUGCACUGUACAAUCAUCGUCAACAAAAUAUGAAGCUAGAAAUACCUGGUUACAGUAAUGAUUCUCAAACACACAUACUUUUAGAGUUAGGGGUACAUUAUUCUAUAUGUAAAAAAGUAAAUUCUUAGUUUUAACAACUCGAAAGAUUGACCUUUUCAGAGUACUUUUAUAGCAUGUAUAUGAAAACAGAAUAUAUUUUAGCAAAAGAUUGCCAUAAAGGCCUGCCUUUGAUCAUUUUUAUAUUUGCACCAUGACGAGUACCUACAUACAUGCGUAGCAUUGUGGUGGCAGAAAAAUGAAAGAGUACUCCCCUCAUGGUAAUAGCUAAUUAUUCCAAAUUUGCUAUUUUUAAGGGCAUUCUAAUGGUACUUACUGCUUGGCUUUUUAACUAGUGGGAUGCAAAUGUUUCCUCAGUGCUUUCCCUCUUUUUGUGGUCCAUAUACAUCUACUGUAUGAGAAUAACAAGACCACAGAUAAACAUUUCCCUCCCCUCCCCCAUUUAUAGUAUCUCUUUGUACUUUGAUUUGAGCAAAUAUAGUAUCACCUUGUUCAGUGAAAAAGAAAAAGUAAAACUAUAUGUUCUGUAUGGGCAGGAGACAGUUUAUAGCCUGUGUCCUGAUUUCUAUUUAGGACUUUCAGUGUCAAACUUUUACUGAAACUGAGAUAGGAAAAUAAAACUGAAACAAAUGA